GUAAUAGCUGUCACAGUCGCAAUGCCGACUGUGGCUGCAUUGCUCACGAGUUUGCGAAUGUAUGCGAGACUGGCAGUUACCAAGAAUGCGGGAUGGGAUGACGCUGCCAUAUCAGUCGCUUUGCUCGCCUCGAUCGGCACGACCGUAACGAUGAUCGCGCAAACCAGUCAUGGGCUCGGACAACACAUAUCAGAAGUGAAGAAGCCCGACCUCAAAUUAUAUCUGCGCGAGUUCUGGGCCAUGAUCAUCGUAUACAAUAUCUCCCUCACCUUCACGAAGCUAUCGAUCUUAUUCCAAUACCUGCGCAUAUUCCCACAGAAGCCGUUCCGAAUGGCGACGUUUACGGUAAUGGGGAUUGUCAUAUGCUAUGCACUCUGGAGAUUCUUCUCUGCGGUCUUCACCUGCGUUCCUGUACAAGCUUUCUGGGACCAUUCGAUCAAACACAAGACAUGUCAGAAUCGAAACGCGCUAUCCAUGGCGAGCACAUCGCUCAACAUGACAACCGACAUAAUCAUAGCCCUCCUCCCUCUCCCCGUCCUCAACAAACUUCAACUCCCCAGUCGCCAACGUUUUGCCCUCAUGGGCGUCUUCGCACUCGCAGGCCUCGUCGUCAUAAUCUCCAUCCUCCGCUUACCUGCCCUGCACGUCCUCAUGACUUCAACAGAUACGACAUAUCAGAAUCCAAUGGCGGCAAUCUGGUCCAGCAUCGAAAUCAACGUGGGAAUCAUGUGUUCCUGCUUACCUACCCUGAGAUGCCUCUUUCCCAAGAUAUUCCGCAGUGCG